ACUUGCCACAUGGUUUCAUAAUCUAACCUUAACUGUGUUUCUUGCAGUCUACCCAAUAUAAAAUAUUCUCCCUGUUCCUUCAGAGUUCAGACAGAAUGAUACGUAACUGUAACUGUAACCACCAAUUGAAGCUCAUGUUACUUACUUGACUAGACAGCUAACCAUGUCGGCCGAUAUCUCUGAUAACAUGUCCGCCACCGCGAGAACGCUCAGCGAAAUAUCGGAGGUCGACACGGUGCGCCUCACUUUGGAUCUUGUAUCGGCUGCCAAACGAAAUGUCGGAUUCUUGAGAGCUGUGAGUGAGUCCCAAUGGCUGCAUGACAGAGCCACCGUUGUUGAAGCUAUACGAAGGUAUGAUGAGCUUUGGAUGCCGUUGAUGUCUGAUCUCGUAGUGGUGGGGUCAACGCCUCCUAUGGUUCUUCCUCCUUUUGAUAUUGAAUGGGUUUGGUUCUGUCACACCUUGAAUCCGGUGAGUUACAGGCAAUACUGCGAGACAAGGUUCUCAAAAUUCUUAGGCAAGCCAGCGAUUUUCGAUGAGGAAAAUGAAGAGUACGCAUUAAUGAGAUGCAAGGAGCUUUGGAUGCGUAGAUACCCAAAUGAGUGCUUUGAGAAUCAAGUUGAUUCGAGCUUAUUACAAUCAGACCCAGUUGUUAAAAACGAAGAUCUAUUAAAUGAAGUUACGAAGCAGAGACUUCUGUGUAGUAAGGUUUCGUGGCCAUAUAUAAGUGAGCUUGUGUACUUGAUAGCUGCCAGACAAAGAUACAAGGGAUUCAUGCUGUAUGUGUUGCAGAGAUUCACAGAUGGGUGUUCUCGUAUAGUGCCUAGUUUGGAUAUCUUCCUAAUGUGGAUGACGCACCAGAGUUACCCAACUGUGUAUGCUGAGGAUAUGAAGGAGAUGGAGGGUGAAAUAUUGGGGAAGAUUGUGGGAAUGUGGCAGACUGUGAAAGAAAAAGAGGUAGAAGAGACAAAGAAAGUAUGGGAAAAAGCCUUUGAUCAACCUUAUGAGAAAGCUGGUGGGACCAUAGAGUUUCAUGGGCUUGCUCCAUUUAAGCCACCAGUUUAUUGGGAAGUUUCUAAUUCAGAUGUUAACACCAAAUACAAGUCCUUGCUUCCAAGGUUCCUUCUAGAGGUGUGCAUUUUUGUGAGGCUCAAAUCUAGAAUGAGUAUAGAGGCAGUGCCAGAUGAUAAAAAACACAACUUUCUGCGCCUGCGAAUGCUAAGAUGCCACAGGGAGCUGAAGAUUGAUAAACCCAUGUCCGGUUUCUCCUUGGAUUCAUGGAAGAAAGCUUCUCAUCUCUAUUGUGAGUUUAACACAAAAGGACUAAUGCUUGAGCUUCAUAAACUUGGUGGUGGGUGCUUUAAAACAAGCAAAAUAGAAGACACUGCUACAUUUCUUUGGAAUGAUUUACUAAGAGCAAACUCUCUUACUAUGGAAAGAGAACUUGGUAAACAGAUGAGGGUUGUUCUUUCGAUAACCCCACCAGUUCAGGCAUCAUACUUGUUGAAAUGUGUUCCUGACAGAGUCACGGAUGAUUCAGGGGCUAUGGUAUCAGAUUUGAUUCUGAGAAUGAAUCAUUACAAGCCUCAAGAGGGUCGGUGGCUAUCUCGCACUGUUCUUGAUCAUGCAGGGAGAGAAUGUUUCGUAGUUCGAAUAAGAGUGGGAGGAGGGUUUUGGAGGAGAGGAGGUGAAACCCCAUCAGCUGUGAAAUGGGAGGAUAGGAUCAUAGAGGUACGCGAAGGUUCUUGGUCAUAUGUGGCUGGUUCGAUUGGUAAAGCACCUGAGAAAGUAGUAGGAACAGCUACACCAAAAGAGCCUCAAGAAAAUUGGCAAGCUUCUUGGUGUUUCUCAACAGGAGAAGAAUUUUCAGUAAGUUGGCAAUCACCAUCAACAUCAUUGUGUGACCUGAGGUUUUGUUUAACAAAUCAAACAUCUCCAGAUUCAACGGUGAAACUGUUGAAAGGGAGGAAAAUGCAAUAUCAAGCCAAGAAAAUUAGAUCAGAAAGUAAAGAACUAGAGAAGCAGAACAAGGAAGUCAAUAACAAUGAAGAGGAAGAAGAAGAUGAGGAAGGCUUUGUGACGCUUGUUCGGUUCACUGAAGAUAACCCAACCGGAAGGGCAACAGCUCUACUCAAUUGGAAGUUGCUGAUAAUUGAAGUAUUGCCUGAAGAGGAUGCAGUUCUGGCAAUUCUACUGUGCAUUUCAAUCCUUAGAAGUGUAUCAGAAAUGAGAAAGGAAGAUGUGGGAAACUUACUGAUUAGGAGGAGAUUAAAAGAAGCAAAACUUGGAAGCAGAGAUUGGGGUUCAGUGAUACUUGAUCCUUCUUCAUUUUCAUCAUCAAUUUCUUCACCUUAUCUUGAGCCCUGGUAUUGGAAUGCCAAAGCAGUGGUUACAUCAGAGACAGGUCCUAAUGCAACAAGGCAACCUGCUACUAAUUAUUCUCCAGUAGAAGGUGGUGAUAAGUUGUAUAAGCGUGGGAUUAUCACAUAACAAAAAUAACACAAAUUCAUAUGAGUGAAAACUAGUUUGGAAUCUGUAGGCAUCAUCUUAGUUGGGCUUUGCCAAGCUUCUUGGGACUGAAUGGGCUUUAUAUCAAGUGUCCAUAUGAAUGGUGGCCCAUAGGAAACAAGUAGAAGAUGACCUCCAAGUCCAUAUAAGAGGAAGUGGGUUGGGUAUUUUUUUAGAGUAGAGAGAGAAAAGGCAAACAAAGAAUAAAUCUAUUUUUAUUAGGCGAUUUUCGGCCAUUUAAAUUUACAUUGUAUCAUGCAAUAAGAUUUUCUUUAUUGUUCUAGAGAAAU